AGCGUCCGUGGUGUGCAACAGCAGUCCGUCGUCCGGCAGUCGUGCCGCCGCGCCUUUUGGUUAUCGCCGUUUCUCGCUCUCGCUCCACUAGCCUCGCUCCCGUUCGCUCGUCGCGCGCGUAACCGGUAUCGACGACGCGCGCCCAAUCAACGCGUUCCGUACCGUCGUCACCGCCGCGCUGCUGGAACGCUGCUGGCCGCCACCGUGCGUUUCCGUUGUCGCGCCGGCGUGCCGUCUCCGCGGCGGUAAAGCUCGUCCGUCCGGCCGUACCCCUCCACUGCGGGUCCGUCACCGGUAUCGGCGUACCGGAAAACCGCGCCAACGGACGGUCCCGCUCGCACGUGUCGCGCGUGCGCGUUGCGCCCGCGCCGCGGCGCACCGGUUUCGCGCCGACCACCGUAUCCGGGACGUCGCGACAAUGACGUUACCGUAGCAUCGUCUUCGCGCGUCCAUCCAUGGCCGCUGUACCCGAGGUGAGUGGUGCGAACGGUUAAUCGACCGACCGCGAACGCGCGACGACGACGAUUUAUUCGGAUUCGCUCGUCUUCGUUUCGCAGUGUCACGGGGUUGUAGUGGACUGUGAUCCUACCGUCAUUGAUUCGUCCAAUCCCCCGACCGCGUCUCGACAGCACCGUACACAUUUUCCUCGAUCGGCGUAAAAGGUUUUGUAUUCAGUUUUUAAUUCGUUCGAAAACCGUCGAUUAUUAUACCGCGACGUGCGUGUACGUUCAACCGACGCGGUGUUCGUCUAUUUUUACGCGGACGAAAAUAACCCAUCGAUAUGAACUUUCCGUUUUAUUCCCUUUGAUAAUUACCUAUAUUUUUCGUGUCCUCCGAACAUAUGUUUUGUUUUACGUAAUCUGGACGAUAACGUUUCGAUGACUAUCGUUCGUCUUGUUCCGCGGUUUCUUCCCGCCGUUCGGACUAGACGAUGGACGAUUAUUUACGAACAAAAUAAAUCAUAAAACCGAUGCGCUAACGCUCCUUCAAAUCGCAAUCAACCGUCGAGUCGCGAUCGUCGCUGUUGCAACGCUAAACCGGGUAGGUACGCGAAUUCGUGACUCCAAUUGUUUUCAAAAGGAAACGAGUCGCACCACUGUACGCUACACGCCUACCGUCUUACGGAAACACUUGUUAACGUUUUUACGAGUAUUCCCAGUGAUCACUCGAGUCGUGUUAGCAACGAGAACGAACUAAAACAACCGGUCGCUUUUCGAUCCGUCGUCUCCCGGGACAAUAUUAUAGUCCAUCGACUAUGAUCAAUAUGACAUUUGAACAUUAUGCGAACGACAAACGCGUACGCGUUGUAUCGUACGCGCGCACGGCGGCUGUUCGUGCGCGGAUCGCUAAAAACAAAUAUGUAGUAGAUCGUUUUUUGGAAGCGGUUCAGAGCGCAUCGCGUGCGAUUUUACAGCGUCCCCGGCGCCUCCUUCUGUCGUUCUAUUGCGCGCGACCAACGGAUACGAUACAACGAUAAUUAUUAAUAAUAUUUAUUAUUAUUUUCGCCGUUUUCCUUGUUAACGGGCCAUGACGGGCACCACUUAUACUCCCCGCCAACAGCUGUCGCUACAGCAACAGCAGCAACAACAACAACAACAACAACAACAACAACAAUAAUAUUAUUACGCUCGCGGACGAUGGUCACGAGGUUAUCGCGGCGGCGACGGUGGCGGCGAUUUAGAGAACAGUCCGUCCCGUGACGCCGCACGCGCGUGCACGAACACGAACGUUACAUAAUACAGCAGCUAUCGAAAACGCGUCGUGAACGUCGUACGAAAAAAAAAAAUAAUAAUAAAACAACAAUAAUUGUAAUUGUAAUAAAAGCAGCAGUAGUAGUAGUAGUAGUAACAACGAAAACCGGUCAACGGGGUCAACCGCGAGAAACCGCCUUUCUCCCCGGGUCGCGCGGCGUGCCGAUUUCCGCCGACGACGGAUCUCUCGAAACCUGCGCGCAGACGGUUUCCACCGCGCGCACGUGUGCCGUACGUACGUCGCGCGCUCUUCUUUCCUGUAUUUCUCGCUCGCUCUCUCUAUCUCUCUCAUUCUCUCACACCACUCACUCUCUCACUCACUCUCUCUCUCUCUCUCUCUCUCUCUCUCUCUCUCUCUCUCUCUCACUCUCUCUGUUUUGCGCGCUUUUGGUAUUAUAAUAUCGUCGACCGUUUCAGCCGUGCGCCCGCGUCCGCGACAAAGGCCGUGGACUUUGCUGCGGCGAACGCGACUUCAACCGGCCGGCAUCGCUACGUGACUCGGGCUGUCGAGAUCUCCGUCGCACCGGUCGCUUUUGCCGCCGUCGCCGUUGCCGACACCUGUGACGGGACCGCCGCCGCUGCGGUCGGCACCCCGCGUUCCGAGUGACCGCUUCGAUGGACCGCGGCACCGAUCCGCAGUGAUCGUACGACGGCCACGCGAACCGCGCGUUCCAUGGACGGAGACGACGACGACAGCGGCGGCCGCGGCUGCGAACAGAUGCGCGACCGCCGGAGGCGGCGGUCCACCAUGACCGCGACCGCGGCGGCAACGGAUACGGCCGCGGUGUCUUUGCAACAGCAGUCCUGCGUGAGGAGGCGCGUAGUGCCGGCCAGGAGAAGCUGUUCGGCCGUUACCGAAAGGGAGAUGAUGGUGGCCGGCGCGUGGCAGCCGUCCCGUCAGCACUCCGUGACCAAGAGAUCGUCCAGAAUUCACAGAAUACCGAGAUCGGUUCAGUUCUCGCGACUGUUGGAAAGAGACCAAGAAAAACACGUCAAAGGAUUAAAAAAAAAUUCGAGAAGUGCCCACAGUUAUGACGUGUUUUUGGGCGGAUCGUGCAAUCCUACCACGUGGCGCAAAGACCUGGCCGUACCGUACCUGCAAGAGGCCGGGUUAUCGUUUUACAAUCCACAAGUGGACCAUUGGAGUCAAGAUCUAAUUGAAAUCGAGCACGCGGCCAAGGAGAGCGCGACUAUUUUGUUCUAUGUGAUCGACAGUCAGACCAGAAAUGUGGUCAGCGACAUAGAAACGGCCAACUUCGCUGGUCACAACAAUAACCUGGUGCUGGUCAUCCAUCCGCAGGACGCGGUCACCGGAUCAAUAGUAGCCGGUGAACAGAUAACUUCCAAAGAGGCAGAAGACAUACGAGAAGCCCUGACGGUAUUGCACGAAAUUGCUUCCGGUCAAGGGAUAUUGGUAUUCGACAACAUAUCGCUGGCCUUGAGUAGAGUAGUCCAGAUAUUGAAGGACAAGACCCAUCAUAUCCACGGUACUGGCGAAGACAACACUACAUAUUGCAAGAUACGCGAUGCCUUCAACAUGUUCGAUACCAAAGUUUCCGGCAUAAUAAACAUUUUCGAUGCAAGAAUGGCCAUUCGGUUGUUGACUAAUCAGAAUCUGUCCGAAAACGAAGUGCUGAACCUGAUAUCCGAACAAGAAGAUUACAAAGCUGUCGGAAGUAACCACCAAGCGUGUUUCACGUUCGAUCAAUUUCAUGCCAUCGCUUCUAAAUUUCUUCAGUUACCCGACAAACGCAAUCGCAAGAAUGGAUUCGACAUCGGACGUACGUGCCGUCCGAUUGUCGGUCGGUCGUUGAAUUUGUCACAGGAAUGCACCGAGGUGACUAGGUCUUCGAGAACCACGGAUAUCUAUCUGGCGGGAGAGAGCGGCGAUGACAUUCGGUGGAAAGAGGACGUCGCCAUUCCCAUGAUCAAAAAAUCUAAUUUAACGUAUCACGCAGCUACGAGAACAGACAUUUCAUUAUUAUUAGAUGCGCGUACAUUGUUAUUCGUAAUUCCAAACAAUUCAAGAUCAUUGGCAACCAUGACUCUAGCAGCAUAUUGCAUAGCUAAAAGCUGCAGAAUGGUGUUGUGCAUACAGAAUCUCAGUAAAGAUAACUGCAUGGUUCGUGGCGAAAAGUUAACCCAAACUGCCAUCAAUGAUUAUAACCGCGGAAGGAUGUAUUUGGCAGAUUUAGCGUCGCGAGAAAGAGUGCCUGUGUUCGAAACUACCAUAGACGCGGUUGAAGCCGCCAUAAAAAAAAGCUUAUAGCAUAUAUUUUUAUUCUAUAAAUAAUACCGUGUAUAAAGUAUAAUGACCGUUUAAUUAUUUUUAAUUACGCGAAAACUAACUGAUAUUUACGAGGAAAAGCGUUUUUAUCUAUAGAAACUAUUUUUAAGUACCGAUUUUUUCAUUUCAUUUAUUUAUUUUUUAACUAACAGCUAAAGAAUUAUUUUUAAUUUUAAU